UCCUACCCGAAAACAACGUAUCAAGACUCGACGGAACAAAUUUUUUUAAAGAAAGAUUUUGAAGAACAGGAAACUAGGAAACCAAUGGUAAAUGCUGAGACAGUUGGCAAUGCUAAUAUUGACAGAAAUAGGGUUGGAAAUCCAGGAGCAGUGUUGCCAGAACAUCAUCCAGAUCACGACAAGAGGCACCUAGAAACCACUCACCGAGUGGACUAUAAACCACCAUUUCCAUAUACACCUAUGGAGGAGAAAAUCAAUGCGGAGCCGACCGAGGAAGAGAUUGCCAUGUACAAAGCCAGAACUAAUUGCUACAAAAAAUGCCACAGUCAGUUUUCAGAUACUGCAGAUUAUAGGAGAUACGGCCGCAAUACGUGGCAGGACGAAACCGGAGUCUACGCUAAUUCUCAACUCAAGCAUGAACUAUUUCCCCUCACAAACACAAUACCCCCACAACUUGAAUAAACUAAAAAAAAAAUGUCAAAAAUGUACUCUCUGUAGAAAGAUGUGUGUAUUCAAUUAGGAGGGUGAUUAUUUUCUUGUACAUUUCUGCUUAUAGGUUGACCACAAACGAAUCUUGUAUGUAAUUAAACAAAACAUGUUCACGCAGAUUAAAUUCAAAAUAGCGAAAUUAGGUGUAUAAUAAAUGACGUUACAGUAUA